CAUCGCUCCACAUCGACCCCCCUGACCCAAUCACAAUGCUCAAAGGCAGCCUCCUCUACCUCCUUGGCGCAUCUCUAGCAAGCGCUUCGCCGGUGCUUGACAAAAGAGACAUUUGCAGCCACACCCCGGCCAACGGCCUCAUCGGCAAUGCGGUCGCGAGCGUAGCUUGCGCCCAAUUGACCAUCACCAAUGAAGGAUGCUCCGUGACGGUCAAGUUUCCGGCCGACAUUUACGGGGACUCCUUCACUUUCGACAGCGGAUCCAAAACCUUCAUGGCUUUGCGCAAGAGCAAGCUCACUUUCACCGCGACGCCGAAGCCCGGCAACAGCGCCGCGGUCUGGUCGGGCACGGGCGGAACCAGCAACCCCACCACCUACUCGGUUCCGCUGGCCGGUCAGCCCGCCAGCAUUUCCGUCAAGUGCGCCGCCCCGCCGAAGUGCACCGCCGUCGGCCAACCUUGCAUCUUCGAAUACCCUGAAAACUGCUGCUCCCAGACGUGCGCCUGUAUUUCGGGAAAAAUCAUGCCCCUUGGAGUGGAGGCGAAUAAGACAUAG